UGUGACUGAAGGCAGUGAUGAAACAGGAAGUAGAACCCUCAUCAACAGGAUCUACACUGAGCUCUACAUCACAGAGGGACAGAGUGAAGAGGUUAAUACUCAACAUGAAGUGAGGCAGCUUGAGAUGGCUUCCAAGAAGAAGAUCCUCCACGACACUCCCAUCAGGUGCCACGACAUCUUUAAAGCCUCAACUGACCAGCAGAGCAGCAUCAGAGUCGUCCUGACCAACGGCGUCGCUGGCGUUGGAAAAACCUUCUCGGUGCAGAAGUUCACUCUGGACUGGGCCGAGGGUUUAGAGAACCAGGAUGUGGGUCUGCUGACUGUGCUUUCGUUCAGGGAGCUGAACCUGGUGAAGGACCAGCAGCACAGUCUCCUCACGCUGCUCCGUGUUUUCCAUCCAGCGUUACAGAAGCUCACGGCAGAGACGCUCGCUGUCUGUCAACCUUUGUUCAUCUUUGACGGCCUGGAUGAAAGCAGACCUUCUCUGGACUUCAACCACAGGGAACUUGUGUCUGAGGUCACACAGAGGUCAUCAGUCAACGUGCUGCUGACAAACCUCAUCCAGGGGAAUCUGCUUCCCUCGGCUCUCGUCUGGAUAACCUCCAGACCUGCGGCGGCCAAUCAGAUCCCUCCUGCAUGUGUUGACAGGGUCACAGAAGUACGAGGAUUCACUGAGGCCCAGAAGGAGGAGUACUUCAGGAGGAGAUUCAGUGAUGAAGAGCUGUGCAGCAGAAUCAUCUCACACAUCAAGACGUCCAGGAGCCUCCACAUCAUGUGUCAAAUCCCAGUCUUCUGCUGGAUCAGUGCUACAGUUCUGGAGCACAUGUUGACCACAGACCAGAGAGGAGAGCUGCCCAAGACCCUGACUGACCUGUACUCACACUUCCUGCUGGUUCAGACAAAGAGGAAGAACAACAAGUACGGUGAGGGACAUGAGACGACUCCACAGCAGCUGACGGAGGCUGACAGGGACGUUCUCCUGAAGCUGGGGAGGCUGGCACUUAAACAUCUGGAGGAAGGAAACAUCAUGUUCUACCAAGAAGACCUGGAGCGGUGUGGUCUUAAUGUCACAGAGGCCUCGGUGUACUCAGGAGUUUGUACUGAGAUCUUCAGAAGAGACCGUGUGAUCUUCCAGAAAUCAGUCUACUGCUUUGUUCAUCUGAGUGUUCAGGAGUUUCUGGCUGCAGUCUACAUGUUCCACUGUUACACCGAGAGGAACACAGAAGAACUCAAGAACUUCUUUGGAACAUGUGAGGACACAGACAGUACCUUCUCCCUAGAUGACCUCCUGAAGAGAACCAUGGAGAAAUCCCUCACCAGUACAAAUGGUCAUCUGGACCUGUUUGUUCGCUUCCUUCAUGGCCUCAGUCUGAAGUCCAACCAGAGAGUCUUAGGAGGCCUGCUGGGUCGGAGAGAGAACAAUCCAAAUAUCAUCCAGAGAGUCUUAGGAGGCCUGCUGGGUCGGACAGGGAACAAUCCAAAGAUCAUCCAGAGAGUCAUCAACAACCUGAAGGAGAUGGAGAGUGAUGACAUUUCGCCUGACAGAAGCAUCAACAUCUUCCACUGUCUGACUGAGAUGAACGACCACUCAGUUCAUCAGCAGAUGAAACAGUUCCUGACGUCAGAGAACAAAUCAAAGGAGAAACUGUCUUUGAUCCACUGUUCAGCUCUGGCCUACAUGCUGCAGAUGUCAGAGGAGGUUCUGGAUGAGUUGGACCCGGAGAAGUUCAACACAUCACACCAGGGUCGACUGAGACUGAUCCCAGCUGUGAGGAACUGCAGGAAGGCUCGACUCAGUAGUUGUCAACUCUCAGAGACUCACUGUGAAGUCGUGGCCUCAGCUCUGAAGUCAGACCCCUCACAUCUGACAGAACUGGAUCUGAGUGACAACAAGCUGCAGGAUUCAGGAGUGAAGCUGCUGUGUUCUGGACUGGAGAGUCCAAACUGUCUACUGGAGGCUCUGAGGUCCUUAAAUCCUUCUUCACUUUUCAGACUUUCUUUCUUCUUGGGUCAUUAUUUAUUAAAAUUGUCUCAGUUCUGUUCUGCUCACUGUCCCUCAGUCAUCUGUCCCUCACCCAGCCUGUCAGUCACGUCCACCUCAUCAACUCCAUUCACGUUGGAUCACGUUAGCCUGCUACUAUUGGCCGGCUUCCAAGCCCAAACGGCGUGCCUAUUGUUUUGCUUCCGGUCUAGCUAG